GCUGCAGAGACCCGCAGGCGUCGUCUCAAACCUCUGGAGUCUGACUCUAAUAGACCGCUGCCGCCAUGUCUCACAUCAGUGAACAGGAGCAGCUGGAUGUUAAUACAGACUGUUCAGUGGGACAAACUGAACACGUCAGCACCUCAACAUGAGUUAUUACACGCCACGUUUAAAGGAACAAACCACAGUUUUUAAUAAUUAUGCUGAUUAUUGUUCGGUUCAUCUCUCAGCCGACACUUUUUAUUAACUGUUCGUUUGAAUCUUUAAUCAAACAACCUAAAAAACAUUUAAAGACGUCAUUUUAGAAAAACUCUGUUUUCUGAUCAUUUAUAAACUCAAUCAAUCAAUUUAUCAAAAACUAAUCAACAGAUCAUAAAGGUAACUAUUGGUGCGGCGUCCCCGCUGAUCGUCCUUCAGUUCUCACACUGACGUCUUUCCUUCCAGGCUGCCGUUGUUUUCAUCAGUGUGAGAAUCAGCCUGCAGAGAGACGAUCCAUCACAGUCAGCAUUUGUUCCUCUGUAUGUUAAUUUAGUCAUUUUUUAAAGUGACAUUAUUAUUAUGGUCAACAUGCAGUUCAGAGCAGCAGGGGCUGCUGGGAAAAGUCUCCCUGUUGGUGCGUUCAAGGACACUCUGACAUCUGAGAUUUGCAAAUCAAACCAGUUCCAGUUCACGUUAUUUUUUUCUGUCUUUUGGAGCAAACUGUAAUGACGACAUCAGAGUCAUUAAAUCUGACACACAACAGGCCAGACUUUAGAAAUUUAGACUUCUAUAUAUAUUCUUUCUACAAAAAUAAAAUGGCCGACACGUUUGUGCAAAGUGAUUCACAAUGACAACAAUCAACCUGCAGAGAAACAAGAAAACAUGUCUUUAAAAACAGAAAGAGAGCAGCGUUCUCACUGUUUAGUUUAUUUAAAACAUUUAGUUUUUAAACAUGUUAUCUGUGAAACACAUGAGACUCUAGCUACUGUCACAUUAAUCAAAAACAUUUACAUAUCACUUCACAUCAUUUAUCGUCUUACAGAAAAAUCUCACCAGUUUGAAACACUAAAAAGAACAUUUAAAGUAAGGGAACUCUUUUAUUAGUUGUUUGUAAAAUUUAAUUAUGUUUUCUACUGUUGGUCUUUAAAUGAAGUCUGCAAACACAAAAUGACUUUUAACAACAAGCAGUUAAAUAAGUUCUACAGUUAGAAAACAUAAAUGAAUAAGUGAUUAUUCUGUAUUAAAUGAGAGCUGCUGCUGCUGUGGCACUUUGGUUAAAUGCUAAUUUAAUUGAUGGUUUUACAAUCGUUCCUUUUGAUGUAUUGAUUUAUUAACUGAUUAUAGUUAAACUGUGAAAAGAUCUGAGAUCACUGUGACGGCACACUGCUGACUCUGACUUUAAUUAUUUAUCUUUUAGUGUGUUUGUAUGUGAUUGAUUAUAUAUGUGAUUUAAUAUAUGAUUAUAUAUAUGAUUUCCAUUUCUGUGUGAAAAGGCCAAACAAUGAAUGAAUGGUUUAUUUUUGUGUCUGGACGUUUCAGCACCGCUGACCCUUUAUGGGAUUAUUCAGACACAAAACAAAAUAAUUAACAAAUAUAAAGUUAACAAUUCACCACAAAACACUGGCAGAACAGAAUAAAUACCAAAUACAAAAGGAAGAGUUUUUGUGCUCUAACGCUGAACACAUUGACCUCUUCAGGCCUUUAUCCUCGGCCUGUUCUUGUUCCCAUGUUGUCAAAUACUGUCGCUUUGUCAGAGAUUUCAGACAUUGAAACAAAAAGGCACCUUUCACUGCGGCAUGAUAAGCCGCCAGUAAUGACGUAAUCAAAGGAGCAGAAACUGUAUUUUGAAAAGACACAAUGCACGUAACAAAUUGACGCCAUAACUGACCCUAACCCUAACUCUGCAGGAGGAUACCUGGCGCAUCACACGUAGACAUGAACAGCACUGACAACGCAUUGAUAUGUGACGAGUUGGGAUGAGAACGUGUUGAAAUCCUGCAGAUGAAACAAUCUGUUCAAACCAAAGCAGUGUCUGACCAGCGUACACUCCUCCAUUAGUAAUCUGUGCACAGUAAAGCUGCAGUAACUCCUGGUUUGGCGAACACGAUGACCUCAUCGCUCCGUGGGAAACAGUCGUCUUCACUGAGUUCUUAUUUGUUAUGAGUUCCUGUAUGAACACAGCAACAUGAGCUAAUGACUGUUGAUGGUUGCAGUGACGCUCACACCGACUUUAAGCUGGUAUUUUCCCACGGGGCGGCUGGCUGGUGGAACUGGGAGAAACUGUGUGUAUUGUUCCCAGUUUGGGUGAAGCCGCUCGUGUCGGUGCAGGUCUGACGCUGAUAACAGCCCCACUGGAGGAUUAUCAUAAUAACAGGCUGCUGCCGACUGACUGACUGACUGACUGACUGCUGGGUCCCAUCACAGCCGAACGGGUGGGCGGGCUGCGGACGCUUAUCACCAUGUUGCAGUGGGCGAUUCUUCACACAGUCACAUGACGGGCGACACCUCGAUCCACACUGCAGCUGGACAAAGAACAGCUCAGCGGGUUUUAUCACCAAACUAGGACCAAAACGACGACCCGCUGGUUCAUGUUGAUUGUUUCAAAAGCACAAAUGAUCCUGUCAUCUGGGCGAAGACUCUGACCAGCAGAUAUGAUCAGUAAUAAUCAGCCUCCACCUUCACGCUCUAUCAUUUUAAGAUGUAGUGCCGCAUUUUCAAGUGCUCGUAAAACUCUUUCUGCACCAAAGUGAGAGCACAAAAACAAAAUCCAACAAUCAGAAACAAUCAUUUUCAGGUGAACGUCAGCUUUUGUUUGGUCGAAGGCGACAGAGAACCGUUUCUGCAGCGUUGCUCUGUCGUACCCCGCCAUCAACUCAUCAGAUAAGAGCGCUGCUCUGCGGCUCCUUCAGCAGAGCCGUGACCUUCAGGUUAGAAACAAAAACCUGUUUCCUGAACCAGACUUCGGUCAGUUUUGUUAGUACGGAGGUUUCCUCCAUUCAGAAGGAGGAAAAAAAGAGGACGCCUGGUGCAUCUUUCCCAGGACGCAGAAUGGGAUGAAACUGUAUGUACAGUUGCCAAGGAGACGGGAGGCGGAGGGGUAGUUAGAGACUGUUAACCCUCACACCCUGUUUUCAUUCACACUGCUUCUGUGUGCUUCGUCCUCAGGAGACACUUGAGGAGACACUGCCAAAGACACAACACAGCUCGCUGGAGCUGCACUGAGGAAUUAUCUGCUGUCAGGACCCGUCCGGGACGCCAACAGGGAGCAGAGCUGGACGGGGGGGCCGAGCCAUGCUGUCCGCUGCUAUUCAGAUCCUGGCGUUUGCCCUGGCGCUUCUGGGCGUCCUCGGCACCACCGUGGCCACUCUGCUACCCAACUGGAAGGUGAGCAUCAACGUGUGGUCCAGCAUCAUGACCCCCAUCUCACAGAUGCAGGGGCUGUGGAUGGAUUGCGUCUGGUACAGCUCCGGCGUCUUCAGCUGCACCAUGAAGAACUCAGUGCUGUCGCUGCCGGCGUAUCUGCAGACCACGCGGGCCGCCAUGGUUCUGUCCUGCCUCGUGGCAUUGUUUGGACUCUGCCUCGCCUCCCUGGGGCUUAAAUGUACCCGCUGGGGAGGCAGCCACCGAGCGAAGGGGCACACGGCCAUCGCUGCAGGCGGCUGCUUCAUCCUGGCCAGCUUCCUCGUCCUGGUCCCUGCGUCCUGGUUUACCAAUGAAGUCAUCACCGCCUUUCUGACCACGGAUCUGCCGGACAGCAGUAAAUAUCAGCCUGGAGGAGCUCUGUGCGUGACGUUUCUCUCCGCCGGCUUCCUCCUGGCUGGAGGGGUCAUCUUUUGUUUGUCAUGUCCUGGAAAAAGAACAAGACGACCAGACUAUGUUUCCUCCUCUGACCCUGACAGACUUGUGCUGUACGGAGAUGGGCAGCGGAGGCGGGAGCUGCAGACUGAACGUGUGCAGCCGAAAACAAGACAAAACAAGAAGGUUCAGCUGCAGAUGGACGAAGUGAAGCAGCAGAAACCUCCUCAGGACAAACCCGAACAAGAUCAGCAGCAGAGAGUCUUCUCGUCUCCCUCCAAACUCCCUCCAAAAGACAUCAAGGACAGCUACAGCCUCCAGGAGUACGUUUAAUCCUCCCAGCUGAGCGCUGAAAUGUGGAGUUUUCAGCUGAGGCUCUCUGGCUCAUAGUCAGGGGGAGGUGUGCUGGGGGAGGUGUGUUUGAGGGGGAAUAAUUACCAAAUGUUGAAGACGACAGAUUGUGGAUUCAGCCAAAUGUUUCAGAAACGAGACGAGAAGCAGAGAACAGGAGCUCAGAGAUAAAAAGAGGAGCUUAAAAAACUGCACAGGAACCAAACACUGUAAAUCCUUUACAAACUGCCGCAGCGUUCCCAAACCAAAGGUCUGAGAAAAAAAACAAGAGCUGGAUCUGCUGAUCAUUUAAAAAAAUCUGAGCUCUGCCUGAAAUCAAAAAGCCAUCAGUUUGCAGCUGUAGACGCUGUCUGCCUUCUCACACAGGGCCGGACCAAAGCUCUCUGAGGGUGGGAGCUGGAUUUAAACCCACAAACCAAAUAUAUACAAAACAUGGUAAAAUUUAAACAAUAUCUAUAUUGUAGAGAUUUAUUUUAAGAAAAAUAAAAAGUACACAAACGGAGGAUAUAUUGUGACUUUAAGACACACUUUAUGAUUUUUUUAUAGCACUUUAGAAACUUAGAAAUUCAAAUAUUAUUCAUAUUAACUGGUGCCAUUAACUAUUGGUAUUAAUUCCAUUUACUGAAGCAGGUUGAUAAACAGUCAGAGUUGGAGCUCGU